CUCAUAAUUUCAUCGCUAGUACGCAAGCUCAGUGGGCAAUUAAACAACCCUCUGAUCAGACACAUCCCCUACAAGUCUGUGGUGGAUGCUGUAGGCGGCGAAGAGGAAUUCUGUGGAAUCGCGCUAAAUGUGAUUGAUCCUCGUGUUCGAGCCCUUCAAGGCAAGUUGAUAACCGUGGAGAAGCUAGAUAGUAUCCGAGUCUCCCAGUCCCAAGAGUCCAACCCUUGGCCUCAUUCUAAUGGGGGCUACCUAGAUUAUGUCACCAAUUUGCGAGACAAGGACUACUGGCGUCCGUAUGUUGGUCAGUCUUCGGAUCUGGCACAGCGUAUUCCUCAGCAUUGUCGUGCGAUACGAUUGGGAAAAAGUGGGGCUCUACACUACUAUAUCAUCACCAAAAAGCCGGCAGCAGAUUUCCGUCUGGCCAAUUUCAUUCGACUUUGGGUUAUCGAGUCCCCUUGGGAGACGGAUGACUUGAUUAUACAUGCCUUCGAGAAUUUUCUGGAAAUGACCUUCGCACGGGCUUUUCAGACAAUGGCUCCUACUAUCUUAGAGGAGUAUUUUGGUCCCUGCCCGGACGGCACGUAUUCUAAUGUGGGUCUUAACGUCGUUCCACCACUCAUGCAGGGGAGAGAGCUUGCACCGACAGUUUGUGGGAACUUUGUUAAGCUUCUAGAAAGCUCUCAAGAUCCUGAAAUCAGGGAAUGGCCAGAGGUUCGAGCUCGGGAGCAGCGGGAAUUCAAGCCUAAGGCUUCAAAGGGACGCAUAACAGCGGUCCUAACAUUGACACCGGAACAAUACAUCAACUGUCUCCACGAUGCGAUCAAGACAAAGCCUAAUACGUCAGGCUCUAUUGCAUGGCCAGCAAAAGAGAAGGUUCCGUGGAUGCCUCAGAGGAACGAACAAGGCCUAGUGGAUCUCAAGACUUGGUAUAAGAGGGUAUCAGACAAGAACAUUUGCGAGUCAAACAAUCUGGUAGCUCCAGUGGGUACCGUGGCAGCAUCCAUUGGUAUCGUGCUCGAUAGCGUUCCGUGUCAUGACUACGGCAACAAUAUUUUUCUCCCAUGGGGCCUCACAGAAAGCGGCUUCACACAGGAGAAUUCGUUGAUAUGGAUCGCAAAUUUUCAAAAGUAUAUCAAAUGA